UUUUAUUUCUGUAUUGUGCUAUCAUCAAGUGUUACAUUUUUUUUUAAAAUGUUAAUUAUUACUUGUCAUAAUCAAUGAAUGACAAAUUACAUUUGGUGAUUCAUUCCAAAAGGUUGUCAAUAGGUUUUUUUCCAAAAAAUUUAUAUUCUAAUAAUGUGAUAUUGAUAUACAUUGUUUGAAUGAUACGACAAUCACUUUAUCAUCCCUUCAACUGUUUCUAUCAUCAAACAUUUUUUUUUGUAAUUAUUUUACCAUCAAUGAUCAUCAUUACUACAUGAAAAAUAAUGAAGCAAGAAUCACAGCCAAAAAUUUUAUAUAGUAGAGCAUUGCAAGGUUCAAUGUCGAAUACAACUUCAUCGACAACAUCAACAACAAAUAAUAUAAAAACAAUGAGUAGUGGUAAUAAUAAUAAUAAUAUAAAUCAACAACAAUCGAAAACAACACUUGUCGUUUCGCCAUCAUCAACGACAAUAACAACAACAUCAUCGAUUCUGGCAAAUUCAAUGGUAGACAUGAAUGGACCGAAUAUGUCUUCGUAUCAUCAACAUUCGCCACAUUUACCUCAUUUAAAUAAUAACAAGCGACAUAAUGAUAGUGAUAAAGUUCAGCAAAUAGGUACAAGUGGUGGUAGUAGUGUUGUUGUUGGAAUCGGCGGCAAUGGCCGAACAAUAUUGCCAAAUUCUUCACAACAAACAAACAUGCCAUUCCGCAUGUCUAAUAAAAAUUGCCUACAACAAUCAUCAUCAAAUAAUAAUUAUUCGAUUCGCCAUACACAGCCUUAUCAUAAUUCCCGAAUUUCAUCACAACAACAGCAACAACAAAUUACGUCUUCCGUUUCACCAUCAACAACAUCAGCAGUUUCAGCUGCUGCUGCUGCUGCUGUUGGAACCGGAAAUCAAAUGGUACAAACCAAUAAUAAAUUAUCAACAAAUGGAUCAUCUACCUCCAUAAAUGUUCCAUCGAUUAAUAGCGGAAAUAAUGCCAACAAUAAUAGUACAACAAGUGGAAAUAAUAAUAAUAAUAGCAGUUUGUCCAUGAAUUCAACAACAAAUGUAAACACACAAAAUGGAACGACAGCAUCGAUAUUGUCGUCGGAUAAAUCGGAUUCAUCAACAUUAACAACAAUCAGUAAAACAAAUUUAUAUAUUCGUGGUUUGACGCCAAAUACUACUGACAAAGAUCUUCAAUUACUUUGCCAACCUUAUGGUAAUAUUGUCUCGACAAAAGCUAUUCUAGACAAGGAAACCAACAAAUGCAAAGGCUAUGGUUUUGUUGAUUUUGACAAUCCAAACUCUGCCGAACAAGCAGUUAAGAGUUUAAUUUCACAAGGUGUUCAAGCACAAAUGGCAAAAUGUACUGAUACAAAUAGAAACAAAACAAUGCAGCAAAAGAUUCUUCAACAAGAACAUGAUCCAACAAAUUUGUAUAUUGCAAAUCUACCGAUGACUAUGGCCGAAACAGAUUUGGAAGCAAUGCUUUCAUUAUAUGGUAAUGUCAUAUCAACACGUAUCUUAAAGGAUUCGAAUGGUACACCACGUGGUGUAGGAUUUGCUCGAAUGGAAAGUAAAGAAAAAUGUGAAAGUAUCAUUAACAUUUUGAAUGGAAAAUUAUUACCUGGCGGUAAAGAUACAUUGUUGGUGAAAUUCGCUGAUGGUGGUAGCAAAAAGAAGAAUCAUUAUAAGAAUGAAAGUCGUUAUCGAAGCGAUGUUGAUCAACUUCAAAUGGGAUUCGAUUCUACAAAUUUGACUACGAACGGUGGUGUAACUGCUAUGUUGCCAUCACCAUUGAGUGCUACUUCGUAUCAAAGAUUUUCAUCUCCAUACCAAAAUCCAAUGCAAGCAAAUCCAUGGAUGCAUCAUCAAGCACCUCAGCCCCAAUAUAUAAUGCAACCACAAUUGAUGGAUCCGAAUGCUGCUACAGCGCUUCAAUUUUCUCCCGCAUUAAUGCAUCAAUUGACAGCACAAAUGUCGCACAUACAAUUGGGUGGUGUUUCAGGAACGGCUGGGGUAUGUAAAUCAUUUUUCAUAUAUAUUUUUAUUUAUCAAUUUGUUUCUUUUUCAUUAUCACAGUACCAUUUACCGGGUAAUCCACAUCCAUAUGGAACACAACUUUAUACACCACAAUUGAUACCAACAAUGCCCAUGUCUGGAGUUUCUGGCGAUCAACAAGAUCCAAUCAAUCCAUCCCAAUCAGUGAGCAGUGGAAGUGUUUCGGGUGAAGAUCCUCAACAACAUCAACAACAAUCGAAUCCACAACAAACAUCGCAGCAGGCACCACCGCCGCCUAAUUUUCAAUUAUGUUAUGGUCAACAAAAAUAAAAAUGAUACGGUCAAUCAAUUUUUUUCAAGAGCAUUUUUCAUCAUUAUCAAUGACACCACCCAUGGAUAUUGAUUAUCUUGAUCUAUUAUAAAAUGCUCAAUGUUUUAUCUUUUUGACCCAAAAAUUAAUCGAAUGAAAAACAAAAUCUGUUGUUGGUGGUGAUUUAUCAAAUAUUGAUUGAUUGAACAAAAAAAAA